AAUUAGCUCACUUUUAGAAAUCUAAUUUCUUUAUCUUUUCUAUCUUUUUUUCUUUCUUUUUGUGCAUCAUUUGUAGGAUGCAUUGUACAUUUCCAUCUUGUGGGUCUUUGCUGUCAUCAGUUGCUUUUUAAGUUCUUUUCAUGCUUCAAUUAAUAAUCCAUUAAUUGAGCAACCCCUUCUUCAUGUGACGUUGGUCUUUCUUUACAUCAAUCUUUGUGGCUUUCUCCCAUUUAUUUCUUAUUUGUCUCCUGGUUUUAAGUGUUCAUGCCUAUAGUUUGGCUUGACUUCUAAGAAGCCGUGAGAAGACAACAUGGGAAGGAACGUGGAAGAAAAGGUCAUUCUUGAUGGAGAGUCUAAUAAGGAUGUGGUACUAGAACAUGAACUCGAGGAAUCUCUUUUGGCCAAAUCACAAACUAGCAGGCCAAGCAGUAUGGUUUUCAAGAAAUCACAUAGUGUGAUACCUGCUCACUUGGUUGCCGAAGCCAUUUCCACUCUGCAUGGCCUCGACCUGAGGUGGUCAGGCCCGAUAACGCCGAGUGAGAUGCAAUAUGUUCAGCAGUAUGUGUUUGCAAAGUACCCUCAAUAUUGCAAUGGUCUUGUGGAAGAGGACACCAACAAAAUUGAUCACCUCGAUAAUCUCUCUAUUAAGGAGGCAUCUUCAGAGACCGGCCUACCAGACGAAAAACGUAAGUCCCCCAAGAGUCUUUGCACUAGUAUUCUCUCCGACCUCGACAAAACCCUGUUGCACCCAUCUAGACUUCUUGAUAUCCUCACGAAGAAAUCUUCUUUUCAAGGGAGUUUCAUUUCAAUCCCGGAAAUCCAGGCUAGGAACCGAGCCUUGGAUCAUUGUGGACUAUCAGAGAAGGACUACUUGGUUCUUUUCAUGCCCAACUACAAGGAUGCUAUGAUGAUGAUUGGGGAGAGCUAUCCCUUCUUCAGGGGCAAUUUCUACAUGACCAUUAUCAGUGAGGAGUUGGAUCGCAUAAGGGAAUUCGCUGCUCAAAAAGAAUCAAAGGUGGUUGCAGCACCAGAAACUUGGUUGGACUUGAGGAUCAAAGGGUCACAGUUAAGCCAGUACUUCAGGAGGAAGUGUAAGCACAUUCCAAAGGGACUUUUCUCUUACCCAGUCUAUUUGAGUGGGACCAGGUACUCUCUGCAUUGGAUCUCAGAGGCACACCGGAACUCAUGGCAUGUUCUGCUUGACGCAACAGGCCUGGUUUUUGGCGAGGAGCGGCUGGCCCUUGCACUGCACCGGCCUGACUUUGUGUUGUGUUUACUUGAUAACAAACACGGUCAGCCUUCCAAGAUUACUAGCCUCCUGAUCAGGAAAAAGUCAUUUGAUACUAUGGCAUCCUUGGCCUAGUUUCCUAACUAAUUAGCAGGGCUUGUACUUGAUAAUUAAGGAUGUGAGUCUAGAACAGCUUCACCCCUUGUACCUUUUAUGCACCAUGUUUUGUAUUCCCUUUUGUUCCUGACAGAUCCAUAGAAUAAUAGCCCUUCAAGUUUUCCCACCACAACCUUGAGAACCCUGGUGCUCUAACUGGACGGUAUCAAAGGUUUUCAUUGUUUAUGCCUCUUAAACAAUGUUUAUUUAAGAAGCUAUAGCCCAUCUGACAUUUAUUUUGAUUCU